AUUGCUUAGGUGUAGUGUUAUUAACAUGCUUAUACCAAAAUACACUGACAUUAUACCCUCUUUUUCAGACCAAGCCACACUGGUAGAACAAGUAAAAAGAGUAAAAGAAAUUGAAGCUAUUGAAAGUGAUUCUUUUGUUCAGCAGACAUUCAGAUCAAGUAAAGAAGUCAAAAAGUCAGUGGAACCUAGUGAAGUGAAACAGGCAACUUCAACAUCAGGACCAGCAUCAGCAGUUGCCGAUCCACCUAGUACUGAAAAAGAAAUAGAUCCUAGCAGCAUCCCUACUGCUAUCAAGUACCAAGAUGACAAUUCCCUGGCCCAUCCAAAUUUAUUUAUCGAGAAAGCUGAUGCUGAGGAAAAAUGGUUCAAGAGGUUAAUUGCUCUCCGACAAGAAAGACUAAUGGGCAGUCCUGUGGCCUAAGUAAUAUACGUAUAGUUGGAUUGGAUUGUCAGCAGUAACACUGGAAAUUUAGGUUUUUAAAUCCCAACAUCAACUUUUUACUCUUAAAAGGAAUUUUGCUGAUUAUAUAUAAAGGUAGUCUCAUUUCAUUUGUCUCUCACGUAGGCUUGAAUAUUUGUUAAUUUGAAUUAAAUCAAACACUGAAAAUUAAAACAUAAAAUUUAAGAUUGCAUGAAAGUGUUAUACUGUUAAUAAAGCUAAUCAUAAAUAAGUCUGUUAAAAUGAAUGGUACACAGUAGUGUUUCUUAGUGCAAUUCAAAAAAUGUCAAGAUGUCAUUUAAAGACACAAUUUUGAUUAAUUAUGCAUAUAUGAGAAUUGAAUUACAUGCUGUAAGUAUGAGAUUUCAUCUUCCAUGUGGUAUUCAAUCAUUUUUAAAUAUUUUAUUUCACCGUAUUGCAAAUUUUUAGGCACAAUAAAAAGCACCCUAAACAAUGUAAGCAGAAUGUGCAUGUUAAAGAACAUAUUUAUGGAAAAAAAAAUUUUGAAACUUAAAUAAAUUGAUGAUUUUGCUUAGA